AUGUAUCAGUGCCACAACUUCAUUAAUACUUCCCACACGAGCAGCAACUGGCCACAGGAUGUCCGUGUUGUCCUGUAUAGCUUAAUGUCACUCAUAAUUCUGGCCACUCUGGUUGGCAAUUUGUUAGUAAUAAUUUCUAUAUCACAUUUCAAGCAACUUCAUACUCCCACCAAUUGGCUCCUUCAUUCCAUGGCCACUGUGGACUUUCUCCUCGGCUGUCUGGUUAUGCCCUAUAGCAUGGUGAGAACGGUUGAACACUGUUGGUAUUUUGGAGAAAUCUUUUGUAAAUUUCACACCAGCACCGAUAUUAUUCUGAGCUCAGCAUCCAUUUUCCACUUAUCCUUCAUUUCCAUCGACCGCUACUAUGCUGUGUGUUACCCUCUGAGAUACAAAGCCAGGAUCAACAUCUUGACUAUUUUUUGGAUGAUCCUCGUUAGUUGGAGCAUCCCUUCUAUUUUUGCCUUUGGAAUGAUCUUCCUGGAGCUGAACUUCAAAGGAGUUGAGGAGCUGUAUUGCAAACAGAUUGGCUACCUGGGCGGCUGUUUUGUCUUCUUUAACAAAAUCUCUGCGGUACUGGGCUUCGUGACUUUUUUCUAUAUACCUGGAUCUGUUAUGUUAUUUGUUUACUAUAGAAUUUAUUUCAUAGCUAAAGGUCAAGCAAGGUCAAUUAAUAGUACAAAUCUUCCAGUUAGAUUGGAAGGGAAAAACAGAAUGCCACAAAGCAAGGAAACAAAAGCUGCGAAGACCUUGGGGAUAUUGAUGGGUGUUUUCCUGGUAUGCUGGUGCCCCGUCUUUUUCUGCAUGGUCGUGGACCCUUUCCUAUACUAUGCUGUCCCACCCACUUUGAAUGAUGCACUGGCUUGGCUUGGGUACUUGAAUUCUGCCUUCAACCCAGUGGUUUAUGCAUUCUUCUAUCCCUGCUUCAGAAGAGCACUGAAAAUGAUUCUUCUUGGUAAAAUUUUCCAAAAAGAUUCAUCUAGGUCUAAGUUACUUUUGUGA